AUGGCGGGGCAGGCGGCGAGGCCGAACCCCUGCGCCGCGUUCCGCUCGGUCCCGCCGCCGCUGCCCGCGCGCCGCGCCGACGCCGCGACGAGGACCAAGGAUGCACCUUGUCCUACCUCUAAUGGCGAUAGAGGUCUUUCUGGGCAGUGCAAAAAGCCUCCAGAGCAUGCCAUGCAUAAGCCGUCUGGUGGUACAUAUACAAAACCUGAUGCAAGAGUGAAGUUGAUUCCGGCAGAAGACAUCACUUAUGUACGGCAUGGAAAGCCUUUUGGUAGAACAGUUGGCUCAGCAAAACUGCAGAAAAGACACUGCAGACGAAGUGUCACUCCUCCUCCGAGUUCGCGUAAAAUUUCUCUUGCGAGAUCAACACCACUUACUCACAAGUCUACGACACCGUUUACUCCCAAGGCCAUGCCACCGCUUAAUCACAAGGCUUCGGCGCCUCUUACCCACAAGGCCGCGACACCUCUUACUCACAAGCCCAUGACACCACCCCAUCCUGUUGCCUCGUGUCUUUCUCCUAAGAGAGUUGAGACAGCUCACAAGGCCUUGAGACCUCUUAGUCCCAAGCCCACUACACCACCCCUGCCUGUUGCAUCGUGUCUUUCUCCUAAGAGAGUUGAGACAGCUCACAGGGCCUUGGGACCUCUUAGUCCCAAGCCCACAACACCACCCCUGCCUGUUGCAUCGUGUCUUUCUCCUAAGAGAGUUGAGAAAGCUCACAAGGCCUCGAGACCUCUUAGUCCCAAGCCCACUACACCACCCCUGCCUGUUGCAUCGUGUCUUUCUCCUAAGAGAGUUGAGACAGCUCACAAGGCCUCGGGACCUCUUAGUCCCAAGCCCACUACACCACCCCUGCCUGUUGCAUCGUGUCUUUCUCCUAAGAGAGUUGAGACAGUUGAAAACAGGCAAUUUUUCUCUCUCAAUCGGCCAUCACCACUCUACAAGUCUGUCCAGAGAGGUGCAUUUCCUCCAUCUGUUUUGCGGAAAGAGUCAGAGAUGAAUCCCAUCAACCCUAGUUCUGUGCAUGUUCCUCCUGCAUAUUCAAGGAAGGUUCCUCUUACUACAAAGGCAGAACCACCUCCUAAGAGUGUCAUCACACUUGACAACAAAAAGUUAUGCUCUAUAAGCAAUCAGGCUGCACUUAAAUGUCAGCCCACAAAAAGAGACGCAGAUCCUAUUGUGGAAAAAGAAACUACUGUGAAGCUUCCAUUACUGAGCCCAACAUCUGUGCUUAGUUCAAGUUCCACCGAGGUAUGUCUAGAUACUGGAAGGUCUUCGUCCAGACUAAAUUUGUUUGAUGGAAAAUCCAAGCUGGACUCGCUGCAGCCUGAAACAAACAUACCUCAAGCAAAAAGCCCAGAGUCUACAAUUCCAACCCCAUGUGCUCAACUUUCCGAUGAUUUGAGAGUUGUUUCCUCCACUAAGAGCCAUGUCGAGAGACAAACGAACCAGGAACCAUCAAUUAGUCGUAACAUGUCUUCAGGUGCCCAAUUAAUUCUACAUACACCACUGUGCAAGGAGACAUACCAACCAGAGGCCUGCUGGAAGGGCAAAUUUGAAAUAACUGGAGAGCUAACACACACUUGUGAUGGACUUGAAGCCUAUUUCCCUUGUGAAAUUUCUAGCAAAGUUUAUGAAGCUUCAAAACAGAUGCCUGAAAUCUUGAAGCUAGAGGCUCUACCUCUUUCUGGCCUGUUACCAAAAAAAUUCAAGAUGGAACCACCUUGUGCUCAAGAUAUUGGACUGUGCUUCAUAAGUUCUUGUCAAAGGCCAAAUAGGGACUCUUACCAUCUCCUGGAAAAUGUUUCUUCACAUAUUGGCUUGCGGACUGACAUCGGCACCGUGGACUUGCUUAUAUUUUCGUCCAAGCUGCUUACGGAAGAUGAUCAAACGAAAGACGGAGAACUUUACCUUUUUGGAGUUUUCCAGAAGCAUACCAGAAAGAGGCAGCACCGAGUCGACAGUCAUACAGAUAUCAGCAAUGCUGGCCUUUCAAAGGGAGACUGUCAUAUAUCUGAGGAUAUUGGCAUGGACCUGGAUAUGAUAGGAGGCAAAUACACAAAAGGUAAAAAUCGUGAGAUUGGCAUGAAACUGGAUGCAACAGAGGUCAAAAAGGUGGAAACGAGCAAACCCAAGGAGGUUGAUGCAAAUGCUGUGCUCAGUAAUGCAGCUCCCGCUGUUUCUUUCUUCACUGGGUCUUGUAGUCCUGACUCCGCAGGGACUACAGAUUCUCUAUGCAAAUCUGCUAGGAGAGCUCCUGCUUGCGGAGACCUUGUUUUGGACCCACCUCCAGGAUUUCCUCUUGAUGUCCCUCCUGGCUUCACAAGAGCUCAUUGUGGGCUUCGUAGAGGAAAAACUGCAGAAUCACAUAUCGACUCUUCUCCCAGCCUUGCUUUCGACACUCCAGGACUGAGACUUGAUGCUCCUCCUGGAUUUACAAAAGCACAUGGUGGGUUACACACCAAUGACAGCAGCAUGCCUUCUCCUGGAUCAGAAAAUGGUGCUUCCACUCUUUUCUCUGAGAAAAAGUCCCCAAUCAAGUUCUCUCUCAACAUUACAAGGCCUCCUGGAUUUGCUAAAUUGGCUGAGGUGAAAAAAGAGCCUGGGUUACCAGCAUUCUUUAAGGCUACGGAGAAAACACCACCAAUUGGAAAAGCAAAUGAAAAGGAUAUCAAGCAUGAUAAGCAGGUGAACGUGGAAGUGGAGUCGGAUGACAGCUCGGAGGAGCGAGAGUUUCCCAAGACCAAGAGGCUCUCAGAUAUCCUGGGUUCUUGUGCCUCUUCGUCUUGGAGGAACAACGCUACUACCUCAGCCGCACCUCGAAACUGCUCCGAAGUUUUCAGGCCUGCGACUGCGAGCAAGUUUGAGGAACAAAAGCAGCAGCAUCGGCAUUGCAGGAAGAGAGGGCAGCAGGAAGCAUCCAAAUCCGAUGCUGCUGUUGAGGCCACCAAAAGGCUCAAGGUCAACGGCCGCAUCGCACUGAACGGAUGUCCUGCCCUUAACUCCAACCAAGCGCAGCCCAAAACUCCACCAACAUAG